AUGGCAAGAUGUUUAUUAGCUGCUCUUCGACAAUACAAUUGUGGACGUGAUUUGAUUUGUCUUGCAUCUAUUCUCAGUGUUUCAAAUACAACAACUCUAUUAACAAAAUUACCACAACGCUUUAAAAAUUCCGAUGGUGACUUUAUGACACUUCUAAGUAUAAUGAAUGAAAUUUUGUUAAUUAAACAAUCUGUUGCAGCACGUUCAUUCAACUUAAAACGUGUUUGUGAAGCAAAAAGUCUGACUCACAUAAGACAUAUUAUUGGGCAAGCCUUAAGACGAUAUACUAGUUUAGAGAAAUCAUUUGAUAUUUCAAAUGAAUAUCGUCAGCAAGCUCAAAUAAAAUCUGACAAAUGGGAAUUGAUAGCCAAAGCAUUAUUAGUAGGCUAUUCUAAUAAUGUUUUUGUUUCUAAAAAAGAUUUACAAGAUAGAACUCAUCAUUUCGCUCGUUACAGUGAUAUAAAUGACACAGCUGUCCUGCAUUUAAAACCAACAUUAACACGGCCUAUUAGUCAAGCACCAGUCUCACUUGUUGUAGCACGAGAUAUUCUCUAUUUGAGCUCUAUUCGUUUAACCGCUAUAAUUUCAUUCUUAGGCGUAGUAAAACCCGACGGGAUCAAUCAUAAUAUUGAACGUCAAAUAAAAUUAAAUGAAGCCGAAGAAAAUUGUCUUAAAACAAAUAAUGGAUAUUCAACAGCAAAGUCAAUGUUUUCUAACAUAAUCCAUAUGGAAUUCAAUAAUGGACUCAUUCAUUUAAAUGGCCUAGCAGGUGUUGUUCUCACCACUGAAUUAUACCUGCUUCAACAAUCGAUUAUUGAAUAUACAUUUUGUUUAGAAAACAAUAAUCCAUCAAAUUCAACAAAAUAUAAAAAUUCACAACAAAAUCUAGAUAGUGUCAUGAAAAUGCCUCAGAUAUUUAAUCCAAUGAUAUGGAGAUAUGGGAAGCUGAAAAGCAAGUUAAAAUAUCAAUAA